AACAAGCUAAAGACUCAUGGCUGCCACCAUCUCUUCCGCUCUCCUUGCCUUCCUCCUCCUCCUCUUCACAACCCUUCCCUCCUCGAUGUCGCAGCUCCAGGUGGGACAAUCCGUCACGCUCCCCAAGUCUGACGUCGACCUGCUCGAGUUCCCACUGAACCUGGAGUACCUGGAGGCCGAGUUCUUCCUCUUUGGCUCCCUCGGCCAUGGCUUAGACCAGGCGGCACCCAACCUCACCAUGGGCGGCCCUCCUCCCCUCGGCGCCAAGAAAGCUGCUCUGGAUCCACUGAUCCGCGACAUCGUCGCUCAGUUUGCCUACCAAGAAGUUGGCCACCUGAGGGCGAUCCAGAGUACUGUUAAAGGAUUUCCGAGGCCACUGCUUGAUUUGAGCUCGAGCACCUUCGCCAAGACCAUGAAUGAGGCGCUCCAGCGCAACCUGGAGCCACCUUUCGAUCCCUAUGCCAAUGGGAUCAACUACCUUCUGGCCUCCUAUGUCAUCCCGUACGUCGGACUCACCGGAUAUGUCGGGGCAAACUCCAAGCUCAUGAGUGCUAGGUCCAAGAGGCUCGUAGCUGGCCUGUUGGCCGUGGAGUCCGCACAAGAUGCAGUCAUCCGUUCGUUGCUUUACGAACGAGCUUGGAUGAAGGUGGAGCCGUACGGCAUCACCGUGGCCGAAUUCACGGGGCGCAUCUCGGAGCUGCGCAACAAACUGGGCGGCUCCGGGGUGAAAGAUGAAGGCAUAGUCGUCCCUCCAGCGAUGGGCGCAGAAGGGAAGAUCCCAGGCAACGUGAUUGCCGGCAACGAAUACUCGGUGGGCUACGAGAGGACCCCCAAGGAGAUACUCAGGAUCGUCUACGGAAAUGGCGAUGCACACACUCCGGGUGGUUUCUUCCCCAAGGGAGCCCAAGGACAUAUCGCCAGGUCUUAUCUAGGAAGAGCUUAGCAAGUAGUAAUUAAUAGCGCUGUUUGUUCCCUCUGGCCACUCGGCUUGAAGAUGCGUCUUCCUUUCGAGACAUGAUUAAUAAACAAAAAUUUCCUCCAUGGAGUUUUCUUUC